GGGAAAAUUGGUGAAAGAUUUAAUGACGGCUGAGGAGGAAGCUAACGAGGAAGGAGUAAGCUAGCGGGGAAGGAGAAAGCGGAAGAGGAGACCCGAGGAAGCGGUUUGUCUUUCGAUGAUGGAAAAUUAAUGGAGUGAGACUAAUUACAGAGGCAUCAGAGUUGGAGAUGACGGACGACCGGUUGCUUACGAAUUCUAGGGUUUUGUCUUGGCUGACUUUUCCGAGUUUUUCAAAAGGAUUUGUACUAUGUCUGGGUUUGAUUAUCUUGUAGCUCAUCUAUUACCAUGAAACAGGUUUCUGGAAGGAUUAUGAGUAGCAGAAACUAUGUAGCUAAGGAUAUCUGUUUAGGCAUUAGGCCUCAGGCAGCUAUGCUUGAAGGUGUAUUCGAGGUUGCACAAGCUGUGAGAGUCACCAUGGGUCCAAGGUGGACAACGCAUGUAUCCAAGAGGAAGUCCAGCAACAUUUUCAUUCAUAUGAAACAAUUAAUAGGUGUACACAUGGAUAGUUUGUAGGUGUACAUGGAUAGUUUUUAUAUAUAGAAAUUUGUAGGUGUACAUAUGGACAGUUUGUAGGUGUCCACAUGGACAGUUUGUA